AUGAAGAAAUCCUCCGCCGUCACAUCACAACCGUCUCUAUACCUCUUUCUCCUUCUGCUCCUCCCUUUGCAAGCUCAACCAUCCGAAGACCUAAUUGACAUAGUCUGCAGAGAGACGCCGUUUUGCGACCUCUGUGAAGCCUCUCUCCGCCCUCUCACUCCCUCACCUUCCGAUCCCAAAUCUCUAGCCUCCGCAAUGGCCAAUGUUGUGCUAGGUAACAUGACUGAUCACUUAGGUUAUAUCCAAUCUCUGAUCAGACAUUCUCACGAUCCAGCGGCGGAGCGAGCACUGGCUCAGUGUGCUGAGCUGUACCGGCCGGUGGUCCGGUUUAACAUUCCUCAGGCUAUUGAGGCAAUGCAGCGAGGGGAGUUUGGAUUUGCCACGUAUGUUCUCGGAGACGCCGAGAAACAGACUGAUUCUUGUCAAAAACGGAUCAAUAGUACCAUGGCUGACGAUGAAAACUCGGUGGCUCUUACGGCUAGAAACCAGCUGGUUAAGAAUCUUUGCGACGUGGCCAUUUCUGUGAUUAAGUCUCUAAUGAACGGUCGUUAA